GAAGAAUAUGGAGGUCUAUCGGAAAUAUUGUGGCUGAUUCUUGUAAAAUGAGGCUAAAAGUUUGAGUUUGUGGGGAAAAUGUUCUGUAAACUGCAAUGUAACAUCAAGGACAUCUUAUUUAAUAUAUUCCCCUGUAUUCCAAUCUGUGCGUAUUGUCUGGACCCGGACCCUGCCAGUGUCUCAGCAACUCCUCAAAUACAAAUAAAGCACUGAAUGUCUUACAAGUGCACCCGGACGCGCGCUCAGUCCCCCUCAUUCACUCAUUUGUUGGAUGAAACUUCGAGAAAGGGGCCUGGCCACGAGCCCGCCACGCGCGUUUGGGUGAGUUGAUUGUGGGUGGGGCGCCCGGGGGAGGGGCUUAGCCGGGUUGAAGGCAAAGAAAUGAGCCCGGCUGUGCCAUUUGGAGAUGAAAGUUCCACACGCACUCAUGGUGAUCUAAGGAAGAGUUUGGCACACUGGCGGAAACAACGGGGACUCUGGAAUAAUCACUACUCUGCAGGUCUUUUUUUCAAUUAGCCUGAUUUUUUUCUGUUAUUUUGUGCAGAGCGAGCAGUGAAUCCAAACAGAUCAAAAAUGAUGACCAAACCAUUUGGAAAGAGCGGGGAUAUGAGCGAGCUGGUGAACUCCCUCGGCUGGCUGGAGGACGAUGGCAGCUCUCAGGAUGGAGAGGAGAGUCACGACCUCACUGUAGGGGGCCGAAUCCACUCCUGCACAGAGCUGGGCAGCGAGGACAUGGAGGAGGAAGAAGAGGAGGAUGAUGAGGAGGAGAUUGGACCAAAUGGAGAACAGGCUCCCAAACGGAGAGGCCCUAAGAAAAAGAAGAUGACCAAAGCAAGACAGGAGAGGUUUCGUGCCCGGCGAGUCAAAGCCAACGCCAGAGAACGUUCACGCAUGCACGGGCUGAACGACGCCCUGGAGAACCUGCGCAGAGUGAUGCCCUGCUACUCCAAGACACAGAAGCUGUCAAAGAUUGAGACUCUACGGCUGGCACGCAACUACAUCUGGGCUCUGUCGGAGUCACUUGAGAGUGGCCAGUCCCCUGAGAGCCACGGCUUUGUGGAGAUGCUGUGUAAAGGUCUGUCUCAGCCCACCAGUAACCUCGUGGCCGGCUGCCUGCAGCUGGGACCCAGUCCAAUAAUGCUCAAUAAGCUGGACGACAAGUGUGGAGGCCCGGGGCUGGGUGGUGUGGGGGGUCAGGCUGGCCAUCCCCUCAGCUACCCAUCUCCAGGCCUUCCCAGCCCCCCCUAUGGCUCCCUGGAGGCUUCCCACCUCCUCCACAUGAAGGGAUACAAGGGGCCCGUGUACGACAACCCCUCCCCUAACGAGUGCAGCAGCGGCACCCCGCCGUAUGAUGGGCCCCUCACUCCCCCGCUGAGCAUCAGUGGCAACUUUGCCCUGAAGCAGGAGCCCUCUCCCCAAGAGUCAGAGAGGAACUACACAGCACACCAUGGCCACCACGCCCACUACCUCUCGUCCCACCACUACGCCACUUCCACGGCUGGCGGUCUACCAGGGGGGCCUCCGGGCCACCCACUUUUUCAAGCUUCACGCUAUGAGCUGCCCCUGGAUGUGGCCUUUGACUCCUACACUCCCUCUCACCUGGUCGCCUCUCAGAUGGGCAUCUGAAGUUGACCAGUGACUGAUUGAACUUCUGUAAAAACGAUGGUUGGGUACUGACUGUACAGAGAAACUGGUUUGCAUUAUUUUGUCUGGUACUCUGGGAGAGCACUGAGACUCACCACCUCAACUCAAUCUACCUGAUAAACACGCACCCAAUAAUAUUUUAUUUAUUUUUUGUUAUGCUCAUGUUAUUUGGAUUAUGAGUUUACCCCUUAGUUGUUGCAGAAUGACUUUUUUUUUUUUUUACCAAAUCAGAUAUUACAUGGAUGUUAGUGAACUUAAACAUCUGCAUAAGAAAAGAAAUGAAACAAAAAGGUCAUCCACCUAAAUCGUGCACUGAGGCCUAACAGCCAACGUCCCCCUCAUAAGAAACAUAGGAAAAAGCAAUGCAUUUAUUUAUACCUGUAUUUAAUAUUUAUUUUGAUUACGUCUUGUCCUUUUUAUAUUUUUACUCAGCACAGUUUUUGCCAUUUUCACCAUCUUCUUGGUUUUGUUGUCAGUCACUAGCAGCUGUACUGUAUUUAAUUUAUUUAUUUGAGGUCUUUCAGGUACUUGUUCAGUUUGUGUCACAAUUUUCUGUCAUACUGUACUGUUGUAAAUAUUUUGCUGUUUCGCACUUAAUUGAAUAAAUAUUCUUAUAUUA